CUGCUGCCUGGAACACAAACGCAGUCAAGCUGCAGCACACGCCACACACAGAGACGGGAGAACAGGCAGCCAAGAGACAGGCACACGUACAGGAAGGAGGGAAACGCACACCGCCAUGGGCUGCUGUAACAGAAGGUGCGGGCUGAUCGCCGGAGCCGUGGUUGGGGCACUGGUGGCCAUCCUGGGAGGCAUCCUCUUCCCCGUGGGAGACAUCAUCAUUCAGGGGACUGUGGAGAAGGAAGCCGUCAUUGAGCCGGGGACGACGGCGUACGAGAACUGGGCGGCUGCAGGGGCAAAGGUGUAUCGGCAGUUCUGGCUCUUCGAGGUGGUGAAUCCGCUGGAGGUUGUGGAAUACGGCGCCACACCAGUAGUGGUAGAAAGAGGACCAUAUACCUACAUGACAAGAUAUCUCGCGAAAGACAACAUCACGUUCCACCUCAAUCACACCGUCUCCUUCCUGCUGCCAAACGGUGCCAUCUUUGAGCCGUCCAUGUCAGUGGGAGCAGAAGAGGACAAAAUCACCACGCUCAACCUGGCGGUGGCUGGAGCCUAUUCAGCCAUUCCAGAAGAGCUACAUUCAAUCGUGGACGCGAUGAUAAAGUCCACCAACUCUUCCUUAUUUCAGCGCCGCACAGUCAAAGAGCUGCUUUGGGGAUACCCAGAUCCCAUACUGAAAGGAGACUUGGGCUUCUUCUUAGAUUACAAUAACACAUACGAUGGCCCUUACGAUGUCUUCACUGGAAAAGAUGACAUCGAAAACGUGGGAAAGAUCGACAUGUGGAAAGGAAGCAGGAGCUUAGGUUUCUGGAAUGAUGAAUACUGUGACAGGCUUAAUGGAACAGAUGCUUCCUCCUUCCCUCCCUUUGUGAAGAAGAAGGAUCCGCUCUUUUUCUUCUCCUCAGACAUCUGCAGGUCUGUGUCAGCCAGCUAUGAGAGGACUGUGGAUCUGAAAGGAAUCGAUGUGUACCGAUACUCACUUCUCCCAUCCACUCUGGCCUCCCCUCUGGACAAUCCAGACAACAAAUGUUUCUGCUCAAACAUGAAGACCACCAAAAAUUGCACACUGGCUGGCGUGCUGGACAUCAGUUCCUGUCAGCAAGGGAGGCCUGUUUAUAUCUCACUGCCCCACUUCCUGCAUGGCAGUCCAUCACUGCGGACCGAUGUGCUUGGCUUAAGCCCCCAUGAAGAGCACCACAAAACCUUUCUGGAUGUUGAACCUACCUCUGGGUUUACUCUGAACUUUGCCAAGAGAAUUCAAGUGAACAUGAUGUACGGACCAUCAAAAGUCAUCACGGUGCUCAAGAAAGUAAAGGACUACACCAUAUUCCCUCUUGUUUGGCUAAACGAGACAGCGACGCUGGAUGAUGAAACGGCAGAGAUGUUCAAGAAGGAGCUAAUUUCUCGUAUCCAGAUGCUGGAGAUCAUACAGCAGGUGCUCCUGGGUGUUGGUAUUGGCGUCUUCGUCCUGUGUCUUCUUGGUUACUUUAUUGUGCGGAGGAGCCAUAACAAAAAGGAGCUUGCGUAGUAAAUCGCAGGUUCACCAGUUUGUUGCACAUAUAACCACAGUGCAUUCAAACCGCCAUGCGACAUCAACCCUUUUUGAUAUAGACUUGCAAUUUUUUUGCAAUCUCUGUCUUAUUUAUAAUGUCAGAUCUCCUUUUAUUUGAAAAAGGGAGGAAUACUGUGAUUUUUUUAACCGCUCAGGAGAGCUGAAUUUCUUUGCCAAUUCUUGUUUUGAUUUGAAACACUGUAACAUGAACUGAAUCAGGGAUUUCUUGAAGGAGAAAUAGAAACCCCCCUCAGCUGUCAGGUAAACCCUUUAUGUCUCCAGGCAGAGAGAAAUGGGUUUAUUUGACGCCCUAUGACUGAAAGGUAGAAGCGCAAAUGUGCAUAUAGUUUGCUAAACUAGUGUGUUCAAAAUGAAUAAAAGUCAGAAAAAGAGUUUUCAUGACUUGUCUUGUGUUUCAUUUAAUGCAGUCGUGACUAUAAUUGGUAAGGGCUGAUAAAGAUCAUGAGAUCAUUAGUUGGUUUUAUUGAUCUGAAAUGCCCUUUAGUCAGUUGUUGGCCUGAAAUUCUAAUUAUGCACUAAUAAAACGAAACAAACGCACCCAGUAUAACGCUUUCAUUCUAUUGGCUUAGAGGUUGCCAGGCAACUAGCAGGUGGUUCAGCCAAUCAGUGCCAAGGAAAAUAAAUGACACUCCUACAUUGGCACUGGUUGCAGUUUCCCAAACUACGCUUUCUUUUGAAUAUUUUCAGAUUUAUUUUAGUUACAUUUGGAGUUGCAUUUCAAAGAGACAUUUGUGAUUGCUGAGCCUCAAACAGGCCGCGGUCCAGUGUCGGAAAAAUACAGCUGAAACACAGUAAUGACUUAUAAAGUGACUUAUAAUGAAUAAAAAGGAUAAUUUUGUUCGCUUUGUGUUCUGAUGUCUUCAGUAGAGAUGCAGCUCUAAAACGAUUGAUUUCUAGAAGAACUUGUAAAAUAACUUGGUCACUGAUAAAUCAGUUUCUUGAAACCAGAACCUCUCAAGCUGUUUUUAAGACAUUACAUCGAAAGAGGCAUUCAUGCGUGUUUAGGAAAUUAAGUAUUCAUUUUGCUAAGGUGAUGGAUGGACGGUGUCUUUGUAAUCUACAUUUUAAGCUAAUUAGCUGUUUGGGUUUCUAUAAAGCUGAGCUUCACUUGAACAGAUUUAUUGAGGCUACAACAUUAAUAAAUACAAAUAGAAUUCAUGACAAUAAAAUUACGGAGAGUUGAAAUGAAAAGUCUGACAUGUAAAGCAGAAACUGAAUGAGGGAACAUGCAUGCUGCUUUAAAAUCUUCUGAAAUCGCAGGUGUGGUCAUAGCUGGUAAAUAACACCAAAGUUAUGUACAAAAAACAAACAAUUUUGACCAAACUUGUCAAGAAUAUUAAUUUAAAACAUUAAAGACACAUAAAAUACUUUGUACAAAAGCAAUAUUUUCUAUCUACAUCAUCUAUAGGUUGAAAAAAAAAA